CAUUCUCUCCCAUGGAUUUCCCUUAUUUUAUCAACCUCUCUCUCUCUCUCUCUCUCUCCAAGCAACACUCCCCCACCCCUUUCUAAAUCCAAGCUUCUCUCUCUCUCUCUCUCUACAUGGAAUUUGACUGAUCAAGAAACCUCUGGUUUUAGAGAAAACAAUGGAACAGAGCACAAGUAGCAGCUUUCUCUCCACUUUAUUCACUGGUUACGAGAUAGAAAUAGCCGAUGUCUUACUCCAUCUCCCCAAUCUAAUCCACGAACCCAAGUCUCCUUACCGCUUCUCGGUCAAUUGGAUGAGUAAAAGGAGGAGAUCUGCAAUCAAUUCCAGCCCAUAUCAAUCCCCGUCCGUUCAAGUAAAGAGAGAGACUGAUGAGGGAAGACCCAAAAUCAAGGCCGAGGCCUCGAGUCCAGCCACUCCUCUCUCCUUCUCGCCGAGCGAAUCGGAUGUGAAAUCUAAAGACUCUAUCAAGAAAGUCUCCAAGAAAAGGAAGAGAGAAGAGUGGAUUGGGAUUAUUGACGGAUUGGUUCAGCAAAGAGAAUUGCUAAGAGGGGAAAUAGAGACGGUGAAGAGUUACUUCAACAAGCUACAGGCUGUCAAUUGGGAACUAAAAGCAAAGAAAAAAGAGCUACAAUUUUACCUUGGAAACCCUCAUUUGGAGAAAAGCUUGAACCUUGGGAUGAAAUUAAACCAAUCCAUAAUGCAACCCCCUUUGAUUCAAAAUCAAGAUCACCCGCAAAUUCACAGCACGAUCCAUCGGCCACCGUUCAUUUUGGAUCGGACGGCGCACAAAUCAUCAUCACAUACGAGUCGGAAUUUGCAAUACCGGCAUGGCCAAAUGCCUCAAUUGAAGGUCAAAAGCGUGGGUUCGCUUGGUAUUCCAGAUCUGAACGUAGCUGCCGCAGAGGAGACUUUUGGGGCGGACGCUCCACAGCCGUUGGAUCAUUUCAGAGCUCUUACAGAAAGCAGAGCCAAAGCUGCCGAAGCAAGGAGGAGACGAAUGGUUAGGAUCAAGGAGAUGAAGAACUCUUUGGCCACCAUCAAACCACAAUAGCAUUUUGCUUUCAUUUCUAUUUAGCAGUAGUUGAUUGAAUAUUCAUUGUUGGCUUUUUGGCGUUGAUUCGGGUAUCUAAGAUGUAAAUAAGAAGAGUUCUGAAAAGAGAUUUUUGCCUGAUUUUGCA